AUAAAUGUGAGUCAGUUGGCAAGCAUCGGAAUAUAAAUCACGUGACCACGGGGAUGCUGCAACGGUCCUAAGUGUAAAAAAUGAUCUCCAGUCACUUUUUAAGCUGCCGCUGUAACUUCGAACGCUCCCUAAACGAACCGUUGUAAGUCGAGGACUCCCUUUCACCUCCUGCAAAAGUCAAGCGGAGGGGCCCUUCCUACGAUCGAGCUUCGGGGGCUCUGCCUUCGCCGCCGGGAGCCAUCCUGGCCGUGGGAACGCUCAGUCCCGCGUCUUGCCCGGAGCAUCCUUCCUUGCCUCCGCCCGGCUGCGCUGCGCUCCGCCUCCGCUGGCCGGGAUGCCCAGCCCAGCGCUCCAAGAGGAGGAGGAGGAGGAGGCCGGCUCAGACGGGAGGAGGGGUCUGGGGAAGCCGGGGUCCAGCCGCCCGCCUCCGGACCGCGGCCUCCGGGCGCCGGGUUGCCUCCCUUGCAUUGUAUUGGAUUGCGUUGCGUUGCGUUGCAUCGACUUGCACCGGACGUCUAUGAAGGAGCCCCGGCCGGGCUGCUGGGCGAGCGGCUCGAUGGAGGGGGGCGCGGGGGGCUCGGCGCUGGAGAAGAGCGCGGCCGAGCUGACCGUGAUGGACGUCUACGACAUCGCCUCUCUGGUGGGCCAGGAGUUCGAGCGGCUGAUCGACCAGCACGGCUGCGAGGCCAUCGGGCGGCUGAUGCCCAGGGUGGUGCGCGUGCUGGAGAUCCUGGAGGUGCUGGUCAGCCGCGACCACAUCAGCCCCGAGGUGGAGGAGCUGCGCCUGGAGCUGGACCGCCUCCGCUUGGAGCGAGUCGACCGGCUGGAGAAGGAGAGGAAGCACCAGAAGGAGCUGGAACUGGUGGAGGAUGUUUGGCGAGGAGAAGCCCAGGACCUCCUCACCCAGAUUGCCCAGCUGCAAGAGGAGAACAAGCAGCUGAUGACGAACCUCACCAACAGGGACGUGAACUUCUCGGAGGAAGAAUUCCAGAAACACGAAGGGAUGUCAGAAAGAGAGAGGCAAGUGAUGAAAAAGCUGAAGGAAGUGGUCGACAAGCAACGGGAUGAAAUCCGCGCGAAGGAUAGAGAACUGGGACUUAAAAAUGAAGACGUAGAAGCACUCCAGCAGCAGCAAAACAGGUUGAUGAAGAUAAACCAUGAUCUGCGCCACCGGAUUACCGUUGUGGAAGCUCAGGGGAAGGCAUUGAUUGAGCAGAAAGUGGAGCUGGAAGCUUAUUUGCAAACCAAAGAGCACGAGAUGACGGCCUUGAGAGCGGAGCUGGGAAAACUGAGGGAGAAACUGCAAGGGGAACCAAGUCACAAUGGAGAAGAAGCACAGGUAGGUGGGGAAUGUGGGUAGUUUUUUAAAAAAAAUGCUUGGGGAGUUUCGUUCUGAGUUCAUAAAGUGAAGUUGCCUUAAAUCUUGCCUGUUUUGAGAUGAGAGAACUUCAAUUCCUAGAAUUCCCCAGCCAGUGUUCUUAAACUUACCCAGGUUGAGAAAUUGACAACUUACCCAGGUUGAGAAAUUGACUUAAAGCAUUAGUUAAAUUAACUCACUGAGGACUAGGGGGCUGGUUUUAAAAACAAGCAGAGACAAAACAAGACUUUGUAGGUAUCCCGGGGCCUAAAAUAUUGGAUCCGGUGAAAACAGAAAGAUGCUUUGUCCAGACUUGAGGCUGGUUCGUUCUUGCCAGCGGUCAAGAUGUGUGUUUGUGGAGAUUGCUGGAGGUGCCAAGUACGUUGAGUCCUAGUGUGUUUUUCGACGGCCACACAAAUUCACAACUGCUUCUUUUAUUUUGUUAUCUGGAAAAGGCUCCCAUUCUUGGGGUUUAAUGAGAUCACUCCUGUUAUGUCCCGAGCCUUGC